AUGGGUGGGAGUUUGUGUGACUUGGGAUCCAAACAAGAGUUGGAGUUAGGUUAUCCUGAAGCUAGGAUAGUUGUUCAUUUUGUAGGGCUCGACCCCAGAAUUGCUGCAUGGCUUAUAGAUCCUGGGGAUGGUGCACCCUCUUUUGAAGAUUUAGUGGCAAAAUACCUUGAAAGCUCCAUCUCUGUUAAAGUGAACAGCACAUAUGGGAAUUCCUCAAGAAAUGUUGUGAAUCAGAAUGUACGGGUGAACCUGAAGAUACUCCACAGACUUACGAUGGGCCUUUGUUCCCAGUUGAAGGUUUAUGGUUUAUGGCAACUAUUUUGUACUUUGGAGCUUCCUCUGAUACCAGUUUUGGCAGUGAUGGAGAGCCACAGCAUUCAGGUGAACAGAGAAGAGAUGGAGAGGACUUCAGCCCUUCUGGGGUCUCGUCUCCGGGAACUGGAGCAAGAAGCCCAUUGUGUUGCAGGAGAGCACUUUCUUAUAACAAGUAGUAAUCAGCUCCGAGAGAUCCUCUUUGGCAAGCUAAAGCUACACCUGCUGAGUCCCAGGGAGACUCUUCCCAGAACAGGGCUGCAGAGACUCCCAUCCACGUCAGAAGCCUUAAGUGCUGUGCAGGACCUUCAUCCAUUACCCAAGAUAAUUUUGGAAUAUAGACGGGUUCACAAGACCAAAUCAGCCUUUGUGGAUGGAUGACUAGCUUGCAUGAGAAAGGGCUCCAUUUCCUCUACGUGGAAUCAGACUGGAACUGUGACUGGAAGACUCUCAGCUAGGCAUCCGAAUAUCCAAGGUAUCUCCAAGCACCCAAUUCAAAUUACUAAACCGCAAAAUGUUAAAGGUACAGAAGGCACAAUGCUCACCAUCUCCCUGAGGAGCAUGUUUGUUGCGCCCAAGGGCCACACCUUCCUGGCAGCAGACUUUUCACAGAUUGAAUUGCGCAUUCUUGCACACUUAUCUGGGGAUCCAGAACUUUUGAAGUUAUUCUGGGAAUCUGAAAGAGAUGAUGUAUUUUCCACCCUGACUUCACAGUGGAAGGACGUUGCCCCAGAGCGUGUGACACAUGCAGACAGAGAGCAGACCACGAAGGUGGUGUACUCAGCGGUCUACGGAGCAGGGAAGGAGCGGCUUGCUGCUUGCCUUGGAGUUACUGUGCAGGAGGCUGCCCGGUUUUUGGAGAGUUUUUUGCAGAAGUACAAGAAAAUCAAGGACUUUGUCCAAACAACCAUUGCCCAGUGUCACCAGACAGGCCAUGUGGCAUCCAUCAUGGGCAGGAGGAGACCGCUGCCGAGGGUCCACGCACAAGACCAGCAGCUCCGGGCGCAAGCAGAGCGGCAGGCCGUGAACUUCGUUGUGCAAGGCUCAGCCGCAGACCUCUGCAAGAUGGCCAUGAUCCACGUCUUCACUGCAGUGGCCGCUUCCCCCACCCUGACAGCCAGGUUGGUCGCCCAAAUUCAUGAUGAGCUGCUAUUUGAGGUGGAAGAUUCACAGAUUCCAGAGUUUGCAACUCUUGUCAGGGGGACCAUGGAGUCCCUGCGGAACGUGCCCCUGAAGGUGAGCCUGAGUGCUGGCCACUCGUGGGGGCACCUGGUGCCGCCGCAGGAGGCCCAGGCCCUCGGCCCAGCCCACGUCCUGCUGAGUCUCCAAGCAACCACCCAGCCAGCGCCAGCCCCCUUGUCAGCACACCCUGGUGCGUGCAUUUUUUGCCUUCAUUUUGUCUGUAGCCCCAGGCAACAGUGGGAGGAGAGAACUGGUUUCCACCAGCCCAUUGUGUGGCCUUCCCCAAGGUCGGCACUGGGCAGCUAGAGCAGGACCUGGAGAGGGCCACGUUCACCCCCUGGGUUGUCCCCUAUAGUAAAAGCCUUAUUCA